AUUGGCUACCUUCCAUAAUAUGUCCAAUGUGCGGCUUAUAAUUUCACAGGCUAAUUUUAUCAUCAGCCCAUCCAUGUUGAAAAAUUCACUAAAUGAAUAUGAAUAAUAGCAUAAACCAAACUCCUCUUAUUAUAAAGUUGCCUUGUAAUGGUUCAUAUCAUGUGCUCAUCCUUCAAAAGAAGGAAAAAAAAUAUGGAGAAAAGCAGGUCACUGUUGCCAUAUGCAAAUGCAACCUUGUCAGAGCCUAAAGCUAUGAAACACUUCGUGCUAGUUCAUACAGGAGGCUAUGGAGCCUGGUCCUGGUACAAGAUUGUGGCAUUGAUGCGAUCUUCAGGGCAUAAUGUAACAGUUCUUGACUUGGGUGCUUCAGGAAUCAACCCAAAGCAGGUCCUCGAAGUCUCACAUUUAUCGGAUUACUUUAGUCCGCUAAUGGAGUUCAUGGCUUCACUUCCUGCAGAUAAAAAAGUAGUUCUUGUAGGCCAUAGCGUUGGUGGACUCGCCAUUUCUAAAGCCAUGGAAACCUUUCCAGAAAAGAUUUCAGUUGCUGUAUUUCUCAGUGCUCUAAUGCCUGGUCCAAGUUUCAAUCCAUCCACCGUCUGCACUAUGGCAUCCAGUGCAGUAGUACCUGAACUUGAUAAUCGUGUUACAUAUGACAAUGGACCUGAGAAUCCUCCUACUACCCUCAUCCUAGGUCCCAAGUUCUUGGCAACUAAUGUUUACCAGCUGAGCCCAAUUGAGGAUUUGGCGCUGGCCACUACACUAGUAAGGCCGCUAUACUUAUACAGUGUAGAAGAGGUUACUAAGGAGAUAGUUCUUUCAAGCAAAUGGUAUGGAUCAGUUAAGCGAGUGUCCAUUAUUGUUACUAAAAAUAAUGCUCUGAAGGAGGAAUUUCUAAAAUUAAUGAUUGAAAAGAAUCCACCAGAUGAAGUGGAAGAGAUCCAGGGCUCUGACCACAUGACGAUGAUAUCAAAGCCCCAAGAACUUUUUACUACUCUUCUGAGCAUUGCCAACAAGUAUAGCUAAAAGUUGUUAAGUACGAAGAAUAAGGGAGACACGGGUGUGAGGCUGAGAAUAAAACUUCAAUCAAUUCACAUAUUUGAUGCAUUUAUAUUGCGAUCUCGGUUCUUCCAUAGAUGUCCUAGUUAAUUUGAAAUUUCAAGCAUUUUCUAUCAGUUGUUAUUUCCUUCUUUGUAAUUUCAUUGCUUGGAAUUGACAUCAAUAAACGACCUCUAGUUUCUGUAUAAUUACUGAGUUUUAGUUCAAUGUUGGUUCAGGACCAAACAGUCAUAAACAUCGUCAAAGGGGAGGACAUAGAAGCUGUUGCUGUAAAAGUAGAACAAUAUGAAUAAGGAAUAUGCUGUAGAUGAACAAAAGCUCGACGAUGCCACUGAUGCUGCCAUUUAUCUCAAUCCACAACUUUAUAAAUGAACAAAUAGUGCAGGAACCGGGAAUUAUUGUGCACAAAUGUAGGUCACAACAGCAGAGCGUAAGGAUUCCAUGGCAAUCAAACCUAUGCAGUUUGGAGGGCAGCCCACAUUAGCCACAGCCCGUGAAUGCAACUCAUCCUCGCGUAAUUUCAUGACAACAACGUAAUUCUAUUGUUCACAAAAAUAUAUUGGUGGCCUAAGGCGAAAAUCAAGCGGAUACCUUAAAUUUGUAAGAAAAAAUAAUUUUCUUUACUAACUCUAUUUUAAAAAUUAUAUAAUCGAUUUGUUCUAAUUAUUCUUUUUUAAGUAAUAAUAUAAAUAAUGCAUUUAA